UCAUCAUCGGUAAUCCUACCUGCUGUGCUAAUAUUCGUCAAGCAACUGUGCGAGCUAGUGCCACCAAAUAGUGCAGGAGAUGCCAUUAUUCCUGACUUGGGUCCUCCCUCUUCAAACAAUAGGAAUGGUAGUGGAGCAGGUAGCGGACUCUCUCGCAAACAACUCAAACAACGUUCGAAGAGAUCUGCCAAGUUGGCGCGAAGGCAAAUGGUGGAGAAAGGCGAUGAAGGUGAUGGAACGACUGCUGAGGCUGAUCAGGACUCGACUCAAUCGAACCAAACUUCUACCAGCCGAUUGGGCAAAUCUGAAGUCCUCUCUCAUCUGCUGAAACAACAAACCCUCCUAUUAGUGUGGACUCUAGCUGCCGAUGGUGCUAUCUUGAACUCAAAUUCAUCGCCAUCCUUAAUGAUUCAUGACUAUGCUCAGUCUCUGGCUUCUUUCCUUCUCUCUACAACAAACCAGGAGGACUCAGAGUUGCCUUCUCUUGCUUUUCUAAAUCAGACUAGUCCAGCACUCUCAUGGAGAUGGGUUCAUACUUUAGAUUUCUGCCUUCUUUACAGUGCUCGAAUUCGACGUAUAACGCCCAAGCUUUCUGACUCCUUGAGAUGUCUGACUGCAUCAAUGGUGACUGCUAUUGCCUGCAUUGUUCGUCGAUGGUGUCGACGCCAGAGUUUAUCCAGUGCUUCAAAGGUUCCUCCACGAGCUCCUCGAAUUGUGGUUCGAGCUGCUGGGAUCUUGACAGCAUUUCUUUAUCAAAAUCUUGAAAGGCAACGAUUCCAUUCGUCUGCAGACAAUCACCCACUGCGAAUUGACGAUACCUGGAUAAGAGCCACAUUAAAUGACUUCAGUGAAGUUACCGCCCCAACUGGAAUGGAGAAUCCUCUCAUGGCAUUUGUAGAUGACCUUUGUGAUCUUGUCGAAAAGGCGUCAGUUGAAGUCGAGGCCAAUAAAAGCAAAUGGAUUUGGGCAGCCGCUUGUCUCAAUAGUCUCGCUGAACUUCAGUGUUUAAACGUGUGCGAAAGACUGGAGUCCUCAUCAGUCCUAGCUGAUGCAGUUCACUCCUUGAAGAGCUGGGCUCAUAAACCGACAGUUUUGGAUGACUCGCUUAUGAAUCUGCCUUCGCCGGGAACAGCCGCCUAUCCUUGUGUGAAGUCAUGGAAGUGUUUGCCAAUUGAGCGAAUAUACGCUCAAGAUGGUGGCUUCGGAUAA